AUGGCCAAGGCAGCUAUGAUUCGAGAACCAUCAUGCUUCACGGCGGCCGCUGGGAUGGGCGCUAAUGUAUUCGUGUCUAAAUACCGGUCAGUGCGCACUCUCUUCGGUGAGGACGAGGCGUGCUACAUUAUGGACGCUAAGGUUCAAGGCAACAUCGGCAGAUAUCUCAAUCACUCAUGUUCACCCAAUGUGUUUGUCCAAAACGUUUUUGUGGACACCCACGACCCGAGGUUCCCUUGGGUGGCUUUCUUCGCACUAUCCUACAUAAAAUCCGGGGACGUUUGUUGUAAAUUUGGUAUCGCAGUGGAUUUAGUGAAAAAUAUAAUAAAAAUAUAU